AUGAUUUCUGGAGGUAUGAUUCGGUCUGCCGUGAGGGCUUCCGGAAGCCACACUGCGUGCUCCAUCAGAAUCGGAGCUGCAUCGCAAUUAGCCUCAGUGAGCAAGCGCCAAUUGCGGGGAUUAUACCCUGAUACUCAGGUUGGGGAUAGAAGAUGGAUUUCAGUCUACGGGUAUACGCAAUCGAAGGCUCUCAUCUACUCGCGCUACGGAGAGCCGAAGGACGUUCUGCAGCUUCACAAACACUCCAUCUCCGCGCCUCAUGGUACUCAAGUCAACCUUCGCCUGCUUGCUGCGCCGCUGAAUCCUGCCGACGUGAAUCAGAUCCAGGGUGUAUACCCGAGCAAGCCACCGUUCCAAUCGACACUCGGUACACAGGAGCCGGCGGCUGUCGCUGGAAAUGAGGGCGCAUUCGAGGUCUUGUCCACCGGCUCUGGAGUGAAAACCCUCAGCAAGGGUGACUGGGUUGUCAUGAAACAGACUGGACAGGGCACCUGGCGCACUCACGCUCAGCUGGAUGAAUCGCAGUUAAUCAAGAUUGAAAACAAGGACGGCUUGACCCCACUUCAGAUCAGUACUGUUAGCGUCAACCCAGUGACAGCUUACCGCAUGAUCAAAGACUUCUGCGACUGGGACUGGAUGCGUGCUGGAGAACACUGGUUGAUCCAGAACGGGGCAAACAGCGGUGUUGGACGCGCUGCUAUUCAACUUGCGCGAGAGUGGGGUAUCAAGACCCUCAACGUCGUCCGGGAACGGAAGACUCCAGAGGAGACAGAGGCUCUGAAGAAAGAACUUACAGAUCUCGGUGCGACUGCGGUAGUCACAGAGGCCGAAUUGCUUUCAGGCGAAUUCAGGAACGUUGUACAUGAGCUCACGCGCAAGGGGCAGGAGCCCAUCCGCCUCGCUUUGAACUGUGUGGGUGGAAAGAGUGCCACCGCACUGGCAAAAACACUCGCACCAGGUUCGCAUCUGGUCACCUAUGGGGCCAUGUCGAAGCAGCCAGUUUCUCUGCCGUCGGGAUUGUUGAUCUUCAAGAACCUCGUUUUCGAUGGCUUCUGGGUCAGCAAAUGGGGUGACAAGAAUCCACAGCUGAAGGAAAAUACCAUCAAUGAUGUAUUGCAGCUGACACGGGCUGGUAGAUUUAAGGAUAUUCCAGUUGAGGAGUUCAAAUGGAAGUGGGACACGGAGGGCUCCGAGCUCGUAGCAGGCGUGCAGGAAACCCUCAGCGGUUACCGCAGCGGCAAGGGCUUGCUCAGUACGCUUUCUUGGCUGUCGAACGACUUCGGUUGA